AUGCGUCAGCAGCAGCAGCAGCAGCAGCAGCAGCAGCAGCAGCAACUGCAGCAAGCCGAAGAGCCGCCGCUGCCCGUAGACGCCCUCCAGCUGCUCCGCCUGCCUUGGCCCUACGGGCAGCAGCAGCAACAGCAGCAGCAGCAGCAGAAGCAACUGCAGCACCAGAGGCCGUGGACAGCAGCAGCACAGCAGCAGCUGCAGCAAGCAGCAGCAACAGCAUGGGCUUGUCUGCUGCAGUGGCAGGCCCUCUUUGACUCGCGGCAGCAGCCGCGCAUUCCGCAGCUGCAGCAGCAGCAGCAGCAGCAGCAGAACAAGCAGCAAGCCAAUGCACUUUUCAGCAGCAGCAGCAGCAGCAGCAGCAGCAAGACCCCGGAUCUGCGGGUGGUCCUGCGGCUGAGGGACACAGCUCUAUCGCAGCUGCUGCAGCAGCAGCUGCUGCUGCAGCAGCGCCAUCUGCUGCAGAAGCAGCAGCAGCAGCAGCAACAACAGUUGCUGGUGAGCCGCAGCGCUAGGAGACAAGAGCAGGUCUCCUCGAUGGACAAACAGAAGCAGCAGCAGCAGCAACAGCAGCAGCAGCAGCAGCAACAGCAGCAACGGCAGCAGCACGAGCAGCAGCAGCGGCCGCCAUCUGAUGCCUGCCGCAAAGUUGUAGAGUUCUGCAGCACGGCGAGCAGCAGCAGCAGCAGCUUGGCAGCAAAAAGUGGAGAUGCUGAGGACUCUUACUCAGUUGCUGAGACUUCAGCAGCAGCUGCUGCUGCUGCAGCCGCAGCUGGCAGAACAGCAGCAGCAGCAGAAGAAGCAGCGGAGUCCGUGAGCCUUGAGUUCCCAGCAGCAGCAGCUGCUGCUGCUGCUGCAAAGUCCCUUAGCUGCAGCAGCAGCAGCAGCCGCAGCAGCAGCCCAGCGCGCUGCUCUUCAAGCAAGAAGAAGAGCAGCAGCAGCAGCAGCAGCAGCAGCAGCCGGCUGCUGCGGCGGAGACGGCUGCGGAAGCAGCAAAGCAUUGCUAAGAAGCGCAAGCUGCUGCAGCAGCAGCAGCAAGAGCUAGCCACGGCCAAGCGGCGGCUGUCGACGGAGGCUUUGCUGCUGCAGCAGGAGCAGCAGUACGCCCGGGAAAGGCAGCAGCAGCAGCAGCAGCAGCAGCAGCAGCAGGACCUCUCGCCUGCUGCAGCAGCAACUUCCUGGCUGCAAAACUCUGCCUGCCCGCUCCCCUCUGCAGCAGCAGAAGCAGCAGCAAAGAUUGUCAUCAUGAGGAUCACAUUGGGGCUGCCGCACAGCAGCAGCAGCAGCAGCAGCAGCAGCAGCAGCAGCAGCAUUCAAGCAAUAGGAGGGAACUGCAGCAACGGGCUGUACGUACAGGCAACGUUUGCUCCUGAGGCGCUGCAGCAGCACCUGGAGGUGCUGCUGCAGCAGCAGCAGCAGCAGCCAUUGCUAUCGGAAGCAAACCGGCAGCUGCUGCUGCUGCUGCAGCAGCAGCUACAAGAACUGCAGCUGCAGCAGCUUUCUGAAGAGCCCCAGAGGGAGCAGCAGCAGCAAGAGCAGCAGCAGCACCAGGGAGGGAGUCCUGCUAAGCAGGAACGGCUAGCAAGGCAGCAGCACGAGCAGCAGCAGCAGCAGCAGCAGCAGCAGCACGAGCAGCAGCAGCAGCAGCACCGGCAGCAGCAGCAGCACCGGCAGCAGCAGCAGCAGCAGCUUAAUUUGGAGGGAGCUCGAGUCAAGCAAGAAAUCUAG